UGAGCGCCCACGGCUUUGAAAAACUACAGAAGGCAACAUGGCGGGGGUCGGAGCCUUCCUGAAGAACGCCUGGAACAAGGAGCCGGUGAUCGUCACCUCUUGCACGGUGGCGCUUGUGGGGCUUGUGCUGCCAUUUGUCAGUCCCCUCACAAAGUAUUCAGCAAUGAUAAACCAAGCUACGCCAUACAACUACCCAGUUCCUGUGCGAGACGAUGGAAACAUGCCAGAUGUCCCAGCCCAUCCCUGUGAACCAAAGGGACCAAACCUAGAGUGGCUGAAAAACCUCUAACUUCAGAUCCUGUGCUCUGCCUGUUCCCGUCUGCAUAGCUGCUCCACAUGUCAGUGACCCACAAUAAAAAAUUCUGUCUAUUUAAUAUAAUUCUUGUCCAUGAUACUUGUUUGUUUGGAUCAUACGUUCUCUGAAUUUGGACUGAAUACAUGUUUUUGCACUCUUACCCCAGUGAUAAACUUUAGAGUCGUGAUAAUAAUCACUUGCCUCUGAGAGCCAUGUGUAUGCAGGUUUUCAUUUCACUCGAACAUGACACCAGCUGACAUAACUAACUGGCACGCCCCCAUCUGACUGAAGGUGUUUUUCAUGUAAAAUCCUCACAAAACGCCACACUUUUUGUCCUGCAAAUUUUUAUUGAUUUCAUAUUUGUAAAAAUUACAGUAACAUUACAUAAAUAUGUGCAUAUAUAUGUAUAUAUA